AUGGCUUGUCACAUAUUGCCUAUAAUAUUAGUCAGCGCGGGUGAUAGAGCGGAUGCUAUUAAAUUCAUAGAAGACGUUACCAAAGGUCAGGUGGUAGAGUUUGAGAAUUGGACAGAAGGGAGCAAAGUGUGGGUGAUUACGAAUAAGUAUUACCAUGCACAAGUGCAGUUGAAACCAUUGGACGAUAGUCGUCAGUUGCCAGACGUGUGGGAGCAUCGAGUGGAGGCUCAUGUGAUCUAUAUUACUGAGGCCGAGGAGAAGGAGCCUCUCGUGGCGGAGCUGGCCGAGGAGCGUCGCUCGCGAGCUCUGCGGGGCGAGGCCCGCGCGCUCGUGAGGCUCGUGGUGUGUGCGGGAGAGGUUUCCGCCACCAGCCUGGGCGGGGACGCGCUGCGCUCCUGGGCGCGCCGACACAGGUACGAACUGGUGUCGCUCACCGAGGAGCCCGAGCCCGACUCACACGGAGCCAGCGACGGACCCUUCCCGGAGACCUACGGGCUAGACCGGGUCCGCGACACGCUACACGCGCACCCCUGGCGCGGCCUGGAGAGGAUCGACCGACCCGCGGACGACGAGCCCGGCCCGCCCGCUGAGGUCGCCGCGCAGGGCUCCGACGACGAGGACGAUGACCCCGAGGUGGCGGUGGAGCGCGCCGAGAGGUUCGCGGCGGCGCUGGGUGCGCUGGGCGCGGCGGGCGGCGCGGGGGGAGGGCUGGCAGAGCUGCCGGCCGAGGAGCGCCUCCUCGCCGCCGAGCAGCUGGUGGCCGAGUUCUGCCGCGCCCUGGGCGUGGACCUGCCGGCGCUGUGA